GCUCAGGUGAAAUGGACUGGCCCGGGGGAGGCGGGGACUACAAGUGAAAAACUACAAGUCCCAGAGUGCCUCGCUUGCCCACGUGCUGUUUGAGAAUUCGAACACAGUGACGCGAUGGCAGCCGCAUUAUCGAGGGCUCUGAAGCUACCUGGUAAAAAAACCCAGGGGCUGGGGGAGUACGACCCCCUGACCCAAGCGGACAGCGAUGAGAGCGAGGAGGAGGAGGAGGAAGACGAGCUGGUCCUCAACUUCCCCAGGAACGGGUUCAGCCCCCAAGCCUGCUGCAGUACCGGCCUCCAGACACAGGGGGGCAACAGAGAGCGGGCCGCCGCACGCAAACACAGCCGCCUGACAGGCGGACACGAGGCCCCGGUCGACAGGGGCGCCGGCUCUGACCCGGAGCCCAAGGGCCGGGCCGGCCGGGCCCAGCUGAUCAGAACCACGGUGUUUCUCGCCACGCUGUGUGUCUCGGUGCUGGCUGUGUUGAUGUGUGCGUUUCUCAUUCCCUGUAGAAAGGGGGCGCUGUGGCCCAAGCAUUGGAAUAGGAGCGUGGGGGAGAUGGGAGACGUGUCCCUGCCUCCCCUGGAAUUAUGGGAUGUAGAUAACGAUACCGUCACUGAUGUCGUCAUAGCGAUGACCCAGCCAGCCAAUGACAGCUCAGCAUCUCCAGUCCACUCAGUCUCUGCUCUCUCCGGUAUCGACGGCGCCCCCCUGUGGACCCAGUUGGUUCCGGAGGAAGCCCGGUUCAUCCAGUGCGGGUUCGAGACACUGGGGAGGGGGCCCGGCCCGGCCUGCCUGCUCACUGGGACCAGAACUCUGCUCCGAGCCGUCCAAGCGGACACUGGUUCGAGUCUAUGGCAGCUCUCUCCUCAGGCUCUGGGGGGACGGAUCGCAGGCCCAGCUCUGCGGGUUCCUGAUCUCAACGCAGACUCCGUGCCCGACCUGCUCGUCAGCGUGCUGCCCGGGGAUCAGCAGUCUCAUCUCUCUCUCCUGCUCGUCUCUGGAGCGGACGGAGCUCUGAUUGGUUCUAGGGUGACCUUUAACCUCACCAGGCCGGACAAGCCGAUUGGCCCACAGCUCCAUGUGACCAGAGGGGGCGCCGUCUACGUCCUGUUCAGAUCGAAACAAAUUUAUUUAUUUUUUGUUAAAUUUCAUUCAGGCAGCGUCGAGGCCACCUCUUUGAAGGAUAUUUUCAUUCAGGCGGACAGGAAGGCCACCCCUCCCCAGGCACUGCUCUCUGAGGACCCCGAUUGGGAGAAGCUGAGAGGGGAGAAUCUCUCCAGCCUGAUUCACGUGGCCGGUGGUCAUGUUGAAUACUUGGCCUCUCUCUCGGGCUCCACACUGAGUUGCAAUGACCUCCUCGUCACCACUAGAGGGAGCCUCUCUUUCAUCACAGGCUCCAACCUGCAGAGAAAAUGGAGCAUUCGCAUACCAAGAAUACAGAGUCCUCCGGUCUUUGGAUUCUUCAAUAAAGAUGACAUCCCUGAUAUUAUGCUGCAAGUUUCCACUGUCGAGGGACUGAGAAAGGUGCUGGUAAUUGACGGCUCGAGUGGGCGGAGCCUGUGGCAGGCAGAGUUCCGCUGCCACCUGCAGGCCGUGGGCGGAACAGCACUGGCAACAUCCACUGGCCAAUCGGCAUUCCUCUUCUGGGCCGACGACCUUCGACCUUCCGGAAAAGCCACCUCGCCCAAUCCCGUGACUCCAGACCUCGACUACAAUCUGUCCUGUGCGAGGUACGUGGAUCAACAGAAAGACGCGUUUUACGUUACCGUAGCGACGAGGCCCGCGCCCGAUUCUUCAAGCACCGAGCCUGGGGCUCAGGUAGUCAGCAGGCUGAGUUUGAAGAGGGCUGUGACCCACGCAACGCCGGUGGCCCUGGGCCCCCCCUCGCACCCCAUGGGGCCCUUCGAAGUCGCCAAUUUCUUCAACAAACUGGAAUUUAUUAAAACGCAAAAGUAACAGGUGCUCCCUAUCGGUCGAUAUGACCACAUGGAGGACAAACAAAGGGAGGAAGCUGAUUGGUGGAGACCUCGCAGGUUGCCACGGGAACAAGGCAUCAUAAGACUAUUGGCUGCUCAAUAUUUAUUUCGUUGUUAUUUUAAGAUUUAUUUAUUGUAUUUGAACAGAAUGAGGUUUCAAAUCCGUCAAAUGUUUAUUGAGUUAGUUUGAGCGUUUCUGCGCAGGAGGGCUCGGAUCUCGCCCUGCGUUUCUGCGCAGGAGGGCUCGGAUCUCGCCCUGCGUUUCUGCGCAGGAGGGCUCGGAUCUCGCCCUGCGUUUCUGCGCAGGAGGGCUCGGAUCUCGCCCUGCGUUUCUGCGCAGGAGGGCUCGGAUCUCGCCCUGCGUUUCUGCGCAGGAGGGCUCGGAUCUCGCCCUGCGUUUCUCGCCCU